AUGAAAGCCCUGGCAGAAUUCGAAAAAGCCGAAAAGAAGACUUCAACCCCGGACCAAAAAGAAGGAAAAGCCCAGACCCCAAAAUUUGAGACGUCCACAAAUGACGAGACGACCACAAAUGACGAGACGACCCCAAAAGAUAAGAAAUCACCCAAAGAUAAGAAAUCCCCAAAAGACAAGACGACCCCAAAAGACGAGAAAACCUCAAAAUACGAGACGACCUCAACAGACGAGACUUCCUCAAUAGAUAAGAAGCCCCCCAAAACACAAAAAGACCCACAAACACUCGUCGCUGGUCUGGUAACGGCUACGGCGAUCUUCUUUUGCACCCUGGACAACACGCUCGAGGACGACUUCCUCCAGGAGCUCAGGCACCAGCGGGACCCACAGCCCGUGACCAAGAUCACCUGUACUUGCUUUGUACAGGUGCUAGAAGUCAUGGGCAGGUACGUCGAAGAAAAUGAAAGAAUAGUCAAGCCCCCAAAAGACCAGAUGACUUCAAAAGAUAAAAAGCCCGCAAAAGACGAGAAGAUCUCAAAAGACGAGACGACCUCAACAGACGAGAAGACCACAAAGGACGAGACUUCCUCAAUAGAUAAGAAGCCCCCCAAACACAAAAAGACCCACAAAGUCAAAAAGUCCCCAAAAGACGAGAAACACCCCAAAAGAUGA